CUCUUUUCGCCCAUGGCCGAGUUCGAGGUGUUCGGCGCCCCCCAACCGGCGGGCAACGGAACGCUGGGCGGCGGCGAGGAGGACCCGGCCGCCGCCUUCCUGGCCCAGCAGGAGAACGAGAUCGCGGGCAUCGAGAACGACGAGGGCUACAACAUCCUGGAGAACGGCGAGGUGCCGGCGGGGAUGCAGGGCCCCGAGGGGCUGUCCGCGGAUGCAGUUGAUGGAGUAACAAAUGGUGACAUCUACCAGGAGAGCAACGGUCCCACAGACUGCUAUGCUGCCAUUUCACAAGCCGAUCGUCUGCAGACGGAGCCAGAGAGCCUCCGCAAAUGGAGAGAAGAACAGCUGGAGCGCCUAGAAGUUCUCGAUGCGAACUCUCGAAAACAAGAAGCAGAAUGGAAGGAGAAAGCAAUAAAAGAAUUAGAAGAAUGGUAUGCGAGACAGGAUGAACAGCUACAGAAAACAAAAGCUAACAAUAGGGUGGCCGAUGAAGCUUUCUACAAACAACCCUCCGCUGACGUGAUUGGUUAUGUCACAAACAUAAACCAUCCUUGCUACAGCCUAGAACAGGCAGCUGAAGAAGCCUUUGUGAACGAUGUGGACGAGUCCUCCCCGGGCACCGAGUGGGAACGCGUGGCUCGGCUCUGUGACUUUAACCCCAAGUCGAGCAAGCAGGCGAAGGAUGUCUCCCGCAUGCGCUCCGUGCUUAUUUCGCUCAAGCAGGCUCCAUUGGUUCGCUGAAGGGGGGGGGAGAGGAAAGCACACGCGACACUACAAAUGCAAUACCUUUACCUUUACUCAGAGAAGCUGUGUUUGCAGUAAUUGGAUUAAUUAUGUUUCGAUGUUCUUUUGGACCAAACCUCAUGAUGUACUUAGAGUUUGAUCAUUGUUUGUGAUUGCAUGUUCUUCUCUCCAUGU